CACUCCCGCUGUCCCUGUCCCGUUCCCGGUCCCCCCUCCCCUUGCCGGCCCGGGCCAUGGCCCCGGCCGUUCCCCUGUGCCGGGCGGGGCCGCCCCGUCCCCGGCCCUGGGCGGCCCGGCGCGGUCUCGCCCUCGCCCGGCUCCCGGCGCGCCGGUUGUGGCGCUGCUGGGCGCUCCUGUGGGGCUGGCUGUGGGACGGGCUCGGCCUCGCCGCCCCUUGGCUCCGCCUGGCUCGAGCCCGGCGCCUGCCGGGGCCGGCGGGGGCCGCGGGCGCCGCGGCCGCUGCCGCCUCCUCGGCGGCUUCCCCGGCCAGAGCUCCGCCGCUCGCCAGCCCGGCCGCCGGCAGCGAGCCGCCGCUGCCCGCUGCGGCUGGGGAAGCCCGGCCCGGGCCGCUUGAGGGGCGCUCGGGGGCCGUGCCGGGCCCCGGCCCCAACGCUGACGGCCACGUCUCGCCCGCACCGAAGGCCAAGGAGCCGCUGCACGAGCGCUACCGGCUGCAUUCGCUGCUGGGCAGCGGCGGCUUCGGCCGCGUCUACGCGGGGACCUGCCUGGCGGACGGAGCCCCGGUGAGUGCAGCAGGAGGAGGAGAAGGAGGAGAAGGAGGAGAAGGAGGAGGAGGAGGAGGAGGAGGAGGAGGAGGAGGGCGGGACGGGCGGCGAGCUCAACCCGCCCUUCCCCUCGGCUUGCAGGUGGCCAUCAAAGCCGUGUCCCGGGAUGGCAUCCGGCGCUGGGGCGAGCUGCCUGACGGCACCCGGGCCCCCCUGGAGAUCGUGCUGCUGGACAAGGUGUCCAAUGGCUUCCCUGGUGUCAUCCAGCUCCUGGAGUGGUUCGAGCUCCCCAGCGGGUUCCUGUUGGUGAUGGAGCAUCCGGAGCCGUCUCAGGACCUCUCUCGCUUACUGAGGGCGUGGGGGUUCCUGCCGGAGGAGAUGGCGUGGGGGCUGUUCCGCCAGGUGCUGCAGGCCGUGCGGCACUGCACCAGCUGCGGCGUCCUGCACCGGGACAUCAAGCCCCAGAACAUCCUCCUCCACCUGGCCAGCGGCGAGGCCAAGCUCCUGGACUUUGGAUGUGGCACCUUCCUUAAGGACACGGUCUACACCCAGUUUGCAGGUGAGCCCACAGCCGGGGGAUGCUCCUGGUGCCGGGCAUCGCAUGGCCAUGCCCGGGUGUGGCAGUGGAGAUUGCCCCUUUGGCUGAGGGGGAACAGGAUUAGUUCUUCAGCCAAGUUGCUUUUGGAUGGGGCUGGGGGUUACUGUGAGACAGGCCCCGGCCUUGGCGACAGCCUGUGCCACCCACCCUGUCCCGGGCUGGGUCUGGGGCAGGGGGGAGCCAGCCUGACCAAAACCCCCGUGAGGGUAGCAGAGAAGGGGGUCAGAACUGUGCACCAGCUGGCUUGGUGUGCAGGCGAGGAAGGGCUUGGGCUGCUCUGCUCGCCUUGUUUGCCUUGGCUUAUGAUGAAUUGUUGGGGGCAGUGCAGUGGGGCAGGGAGAAGGCACGGCUUUUCCCCACCACUGGGAACACUGUCAUACAGCCCGCCAGAGUGGAUCUACCUCAAGCGCUACCACGGCGAGGAGGCGACCAUCUGGUCCCUGGGCAUCCUGCUCUACCAGAUGGUCUGCGGGAAGCACCCUUUCCGCAAAGGCCCCAACACCAUCUGGGCCCAGCUCCCGUUCCCAGCACGGGUCUCUCCAGGGAGAAUCGAUGGAGAAGUUUGGGCACAGCUCUGA